CAUCAUACGCGCGGAACAGGUCUGUAAAAAAACACAAAGAAAAGUCUCGUACCUUUGCAACUUCUAUCCCCCACUUUUCACUUUCGACCUUCUCAAAAAAAUCUCCCCCUAUAUUCUCUCAGAAUAAUCCAUUUAUCAUUUUCUUCUUAGGGCUUUUCUGGGUUUUUUUUUUUUUUUUUUUCCCAAUUCCGAUUCGUCUCUUAAAUUCCCAACCCAAAAUUUGUCUUAUUUUGUUCCUGAAAUUAUUUUCAUUUGUUAAAUUCCUGUUACUUGCAUUUAAGUCAAAUAAAGAUUUUGAUUGCUUUUAUGAGAUCAAAUUUGGCAAGUUUCGCAGCAUUGCGUGCGGAGUAGUAUCAAGUUCUGUAAUCUGUUGGAGGAUUAUUGAAUUCCCAGCUUCUGAGCUCUGCGUUUGAGUUUUCUUCGUCAGUGAACAAUACCCAAGUCCCACAUUAACCCAUAUAACCCCUCUCAACGAGAAUAAUCAUACCAUUUUUGUUGAGCCUCGUAUGUAUGUAAAGAAUGAAGCUUUCGGUACGUGUAAUCGAGGCUCGGAACUUACGGGCAAUGGAUCUGAACGGGUUCAGUGAUCCGUACGUGAGGUUGCAGCUGGGGAAGCAGAGGACGAGGACCAAAGUGGUGAAGAAGAACUUGAAUCCACAGUGGGGCGAGGAAUUCGGGUUCAGGGUCGAGGACUUGAAGGAGGAGCUUCUCGUCUCUGUGUUGGACGAGGACAAGUACUUCAACGACGACUUUGUUGGGCAGCUCAAGGUGCCGGUUUCGCUGGUUUUCGAUUCCGAAAACAAGUCGCUUGGUCCUGCUUGGUACCCUCUGCUGCCCAAGAACAAGAAGUCCAAGAACAAGGAUUGUGGUGAAAUUCUUCUAACAAUAUAUUUUUCUCAAAACAAUUCGUUCUUGGAUUUGAAUUAUAAUGAUGAUCAUGGGUCGAACUCACCUUCAAGGUCUUUCAAUGGCCCCUCCAACUCAACUUCUCCAGUGAGAAGUGAAGAGAUUGCAUCCUCUAAGGAAGAGAAGCCUUAUGCACAGAAGUCCCUUGCUGGCAGAAUUGCUCAGAUUUUCAAUAAACAUUCGGAUACAGCUUCUUCUUCGUCCACUUCCACUAGAUUCAUUGACUUGUCGGAGGCACCCGAAAUCGCUGGACCUGAGGUUUAUGAGAACAAGUCCGAUGAUCAGUCUUUUUCCGAUACUUUUGAAGAAGUGAUGACGACAAUGGAGUCAAGGGAUCAAGGAAGUGAAGUUCCAAGCAAUUUACCUGGAGGAGUGUUUCUAGACCAAUUGUAUCAGAUUGCACCUCCAGACCUGAACUGUCUACUCUUUUCACCUGAUUCAAGUUUUUACAAAUCUUUGGCAGACCUGCAGGGAACUACAGAACUGCAGUUAGGAUCUUGGAAAUUUGAAAAUGGUGGUGAGAUUUUGAAAAGAGUGGUUACUUACAUUAAGGCUGCGGGUAAGCUUGUCAAGGCUGUGAAAGCCACUGAGGAGCAGACAUAUUUGAAAGCAGAUGGGAAGGUUUUUUCAGUUUUGGCAAGCGUGAGCACCCCUGAUGUCAUGUAUGGGAGCACCUUUAAAGUAGAAUUGCUCUACUGCAUUACACCCGGGCCUGAGCUGCCAUCAGGAGAACAAUCUUCCCAUUUGGUAGUAUCCUGGCGAAUGAAUUUUCUACAAAGCACCAUGAUGAAAGGAAUGAUAGAAAACGGAGCCCGUCAAGGUAUAAAGGACAGCUUUGAUCAGUAUGGAAGUUUAUUAUCUCAGAAUGUUAAGCCAGUUGACUCCAAGGAACUUGGGUCAAAUAAGGAACAGGUUUUGGCAUCACUGCAGGCAGAGCUGCAGUCAGAUUGGAAGCUGGCUGUACGGUAUUUUGCUAAUUUUAUGGUGGUUUCCACAAUUUUUAUGGGAUUGUAUGUGCUUGUCCACAUCUGGCUGGCCACACCCAGCAAAAUUCAAGGGCUCGAGUUUGUGGGGCUUGACUUGCCAGAUUCAAUUGGUGAAUUCAUAGUCUGCGGUGUCCUGGUUCUUCAAGGUGAACGGUUGCUGAGGUUGAUUUCACGCUUCAUGCAGGCCAGAGUGCAAAAAGGCAGUGGUGAUCAUGGAAUCAAAGCACAAGGAGAUGGCUGGUUGCUGACUGUUGCCUUGAUUGAAGGAAUCAAUUUAGCAGCUGUUGAUUCAAGUGGGUCCUCUGAUCCAUACGUGGUCUUUACUUGUAAUGGGAAAACUAGAACCAGCUCAAUCAAGUUCCAGAAAUCUGAUCCUCAAUGGAAUGAAAUAUUUGAAUUUGAUGCAAUGAGCGAGCCUCCUUCUGUGCUGGAUGUGGAGGUUUAUGAUUUUGAUGGACCUUUUGAUGAAGCUACAUCCCUGGGACAUGCUGAAAUCAAUUUUCUGAAAACUAAUAUAUCAGAUCUAGCCGAUGUGUGGGUUCCUCUUCAAGGAAAGUUAGCUCAGACAUGGCAGUCCAAGAUUCAUUUGAGAAUUUUCUUGAACAAUACUAGAGGUGGAAAUGUUGUUAAAGAGUAUCUAAGUAAGAUGGAGAAAGAGGUGGGGAAGAAGAUAAAUGUGCGGUCUCCUCAAACAAAUUCAACCUUCCAAAAACUCUUUGUGCUUCCUCCAGAGGAGUUUCUCAUUAACGACUUUACAUGUCACCUGAAACGGAAAAUGCCCCUGCAGGGCCGCCUAUUUCUGUCACCAAGAAUAAUUGGGUUUCAUACAAAUUUAUUCGGACACAAGACAAAGUUCUUUUUCCUUUGGGAGGACAUAGAAGAUAUUCAAGUUGUUCCGCCUACUCUGUCGUCAAUGGGCAGUCCAAUUAUUGUCAUGACUCUCCGGCCAGGCAGAGGCAUGGAUGCCAGGCAUGGGGCAAAGACUCAAGAUGAAGAAGGCAGGCUGAAGUUCCAUUUCCAGUCCUUUGUGUCCUUCAAUGUAGCACAUAGGACAAUUAUGGCUCUCUGGAAGGCUCGAUCCUUGAGUCCCGAGCAGAAGGUGCAAAUAGUUGAAGAAGAAUCUGAAACCAAAAUCCUCCAAACUGAAGAAAGUGGGUCCUUCUUGGGCCUUGAUGAUGUCAGCAUGUCUGAGGUUUAUUCUUCUGUUCUCUCUGUUCCUACAAGUUUCUUGAUGGAGUUAUUCGGUGGGGGUGAAUUGGACCGUAGAGUGAUGGAGAAAGCUGGUUGUCUUAACUAUUCUUACACCCCAUGGGAAUCAGAAAAAGGUGAUUCCUACGAGAGGCAAAUAUAUUACAGAUUUGAUAAGCAUAUUUCCCGUUAUAGAGGAGAGGUGACAAGUUCUCAGCAAAGGUCGCCCCUUUCUGAUAAAAACGGAUGGCUUAUUGAGGAGGUUAUGACACUCCAUGGAAUUCCACUUGGUGACUAUUUCAACCUUCACCUUAGAUACCAAAUUGAGGAUUUACCCUCAAAAUCAAAGGGAUGUAAUGUACAGGUAUUCCUUGGGAUUGCGUGGCUGAAAAGCACUAAGCAUCAGAAAAGGAUUACAAAGAACAUCUUGAAAAAUCUGCAAGAUCGCCUGAAGGAGAUCUUCUGUGAAGUUGAGAGGGAAUUUGCAGAAAGAUAGUAGAUGGAUUUAGCGCAUUUCAUAGUAUAUCGCUAUAUGGACUUUGAUUGGAGAGAGCUGAUAUUCCUACAGCAUUACCUCUCCAAGUGCUGUCAGUGUUAAUGUUUUCUCUGUUCAUCUUCUUCCUUGGAGGCUGAAGCUAGAUUGCAUGAUAGGUAAUAAUUUUCCAUCAUAGAUGUGUCUUCUAGCUGAGAUUUCCAUUAGUUCUGCAGCUGUAAUUGAUUCAAGAAAACCCUUAAUUGCUAGAAGGUUGGACAAAAUUGCUGGUGGGGUUACUCAUAUUUGAAAGUUAAGAUCUGACAGAGAUAUAUUGGAUCCUUUCCAUUCUUGUGGAGGCUGAUAAUCUUAUAUUUAAUCAGGCUGAAGAUGGCUGCAAGUUUUGACAACAUUGAUUUAUUGGAGCUUAAUUUUCAAGUAAAAAGUUUGUAAGAUGAUUGGCAGAAGAAUUUCAGAUGAUGGCCAAGUGUUGUUAAUACAUUAUUAGGUUUAGCAUUGCUAACUUGUGGAAUCAGUAGUCAUAAGAUGAUUUUUUGGCUGCCUGUUCAAAGCCUCAUGUAUUUGUUAUAGGCUUGUUGUUCAUAGCCUCAUGUAAUACAACAAAUGUUGCUUUUUUGAAGCGUAGAAACUUUGACAUGAUUUAUGUCA